AUGAUGAUAAAACAAAAUAUUUGUAUUGAAAUAAAUUUUAUGACAUUAAAUUGGACAACUAAAGAGAAAAUUGUUUUAAUUUCGAAUAUUUUGGAAUUUGGUGAUCAACCGGAAAGUUGGAAUUCGAUUACGAAUGAUCUUCUGAAAACAUUUCCAACAAAUUCCAUUCCAUCUCAAGCGAAAAGAGAUGGUCGUUAUGCAAUUAAAAAUUGUAAACUAAUCUAUAAACAAUUAAAUGAUCGAUAUAAACCAGAAUGGGUUGAACAUGGUUCGACAAAUGGAUUGAAAUUACCUUUAGCAAAGUAUAUUUGGAUACAAUUGAAAUCCAUUUAUCAAGCAGAAUUAACAUAUCAAUUAAAUGAAAGUCGAAAGAAAUUAACGGAAUUUUGUUUAAAAUUAGAAACAGUGGUGAAUAAAAAAUCCAAUACAAAUGAAUCAACAAAUACAUCCAUUCCAACAGAUACAACAACACUUCUAAGUAAUAACCAAGAAAAUGAACAAAUUGAAGAGAAACCUUUAACUGUUGAGCCUGUCUCUCAGUUUACCAAUUCAGACACAUUAAUCUCAUCCAAUGAACCUGUUCAAAACACUUUGCCUAAUGAGAACAAUCUAGUGUCACCAAUAUCGGAGAUUUCGAAAGAACAAAAUUUAACUUCGAUUCCUGUGAAUUCGGAUCAAACACCAAUCAAAGAAGAACCACAAAUUCAAGAAGAAAUGCACAUCGAAACUCCUCCUAAUCUCAUUGUGAAUGAAACAAAUCUUCCGUCAUCAUUACAAAUCUCACCUAACGUUAAACAAUCAAGUUCUUCACCGAAAGAACAAGAUAUUUCUCAUUCAUCACCGUUCGAUUCAUCUUCUUCGACGUUGAUCAAUCAAAUUGAUCAUUCGACAAAUAAUCCCAAUGUUCCAAUUCAAUCUGAAUCGACUUCAUCAUCACGAUCAACAUCACGAACAAGUUCAGAAACUAAAACUGAUAAUGUUAAAGUGAUUACAAGUUCAACGUUAAAAUAUCACGUUUACUUUUCUCCAAAAUCUUCAAUUAAUAAUAAUACGAAUGCGAAUACAAAUUCAAAUACUACUCCAAUCAAUAAAUCGAAAGUCAAACGGAAAGUAAAUGAUGAAAUUGAAUUGGAAACCAACAACCAAUCAGAACCUUCGUCAUCAUCAAUUGAACAAACCAAAUCCACUCCAACAACUGCCCCAAUGACUCGUCGUUCAGUCAAUACACGUUCUAUACCAAAUACAGCUGCAGAACAAGAAGAAGAAAAAUCUCGAAGAUUUUCUCUAAUGAUUUCGGAAAAUCCAAAUAGUUGGCAAUCUCAAGCAAUGGCUAUUAUUCAAUUCAUUCUUUCACAUAAACAAGGUUAUUUAUUCGAACAUGAAAUAACUGAUGAAAUCGCACCAAAAUAUCACCAAUUUGUUCGACGUGCAAUUGCUCUUGAUACAAUUCGGAAAAAUCUUGAAUCAAAAUUAGAAAAAACCAUGGCAUUAUUAGUUUUCGAUAAACCAUUAGAAUCUCCUUAUGGUUAUCUAAUGCAAAUAUCCCAUCGACAACAAGUUGCCAAUGAAAUUAAUAGUGCACUACUUAUUUAUCAAAAUGAUGAAUCGGAAUCGGAUUUAUCUAUGUUAGUUCGAAUGGCAACUUAUAUGCAAGACAAAUUAGAUCAAAAACAACUACGUUAUCCCAAAUUGAUCGAUAUCGCUGGAGGAAAAUUGGAGGAUUCAAACACCAAUAUGAUGAUAAAACAAAAUAUUUGUAUUGAAAUAAAUUUUAUGACAUUAAAUUGGACAACUAAAGAGAAAAUUGUUUUAAUUUCAAAUAUUUUGGAAUUUGGUGAUCAACCAGAAAGUUGGAAUUCGAUUACAAAUGAUCUUCUGAAAACAUUUCCAACAAAUUCCAUUCCAUCUCAAGCGAAAAGAGAUGGUCGUUAUGCAAUUAAAAAUUGUAAACUAAUUUAUAAACAAUUAAAUGAUCGAUAUAAACCAGAAUGGGUCGAACAUGGUUCGACAAAUGGAUUGAAAUUACCUUUAGCAAAGUAUAUUUGGAUACAAUUGAAAUCCAUUUAUCAAGCAGAAUUAACAUAUCAAUUGAAUGAAAGUCGAAAGAAAUUAACGGAAUUUUGUUUAAAAUUAGAAACAGCGGUGAAUAAAAAAUCCAAUACAAAUGAAUCAACAAAUACACCUAUUCCAACAGAUACAACAACACUUCUAAGUAAUAACCAAGAAAAUGAACAAAUUGAAGAGAAACCUUUAACUGUUGAGCUUGUCUCUCAGUUUAUCAAUUCAGACACAUUAGUUUCAUCCAAUGAACCUGUUCAAAACACUUUACCUAAUGAGAACAAUAUAGUGUCAUCAAUAUCGGAGAUUUCCAAAGAACAAAAUUUAACUUCGAUUCCUGUGAGUUCGGAUCAAACACCAAUCAAAGAAGAACCACAAAUUCAAGAAGAAAUUCACAUCGAAACUCCUCCCAAUCUCAUUGUGAAUGAAACAAAUCUUCCGUCAUCAUUACAAAUCUCACCUAACAUUAAACAAUCAAGUUCUUCGCCGAAAGAACAAGAUAUUUCUCAUUCAUCACCGUUCGAUUCAUCUUCUUCGACUUUGAUCAAUCAAAUUGAUCAUUCGACAAAUAAUUCCAAUAUUCCAAUUCAAUCUGAAUCAACUUCAUCAUCACGAUCAACAUCACGAACAAGUUCAGAAACUAAAACUGAUAAUGUUAAAGUGAUUACAGGUACAACGUUAAAAUAUCACGUUUACUUUUCUCCAAAAUCUUCAAUUAAUAAUAAUACGAAUGCGAAUACAAAUUCAAAUACUACUCCAAUCAAUAAAUCGAAAGUCAAACGAAAAGUAAAUGAUGAAAUUGAAUUGGAAACCAAUAAUCAAUCAGAACCUUCGUCAUCAUCAAUUGAACAAACUAAAUCCGCUCCAAUGACUCGUCGUUCAGUCAAUACACGUUCCAUACCAAAUACAGCUGCGGAACAAGAAGAAGAAAAAUCUCGAAGAUUUUCUCUUAUGAUUUCGGAAAAUCCAAAUAGUUGGCAAUCUCAAGCAAUGGCUAUUAUUCAAUUUAUUCUUUCACAUAAACAAGGUUAUUUAUUUGAACAUGAAAUAACUGAUGAAAUCGCACCAAAAUAUCACCAAUUUGUUCGACGUGCAAUUGCUCUUGAUACAAUUCGGAAAAAUCUUGAAUCAAGUGAAUAUUCAACAAAAGAUCAAUUUAAAAGAGAUAUCUAUUUAAUGUUAUACAAUGCAAUCAAAUAUAAUCCACGUUAUCAUCAUGUUCAUCGAUCAGCGAAAACCAUCUUCAAUCUUACUGUUCCACUUUUUCAAUUAUCUGCUCAAGAUAUUCACGCACAAAUAGCAACACGACAUAAUGUAUCUCUGUCAUCUGAUGCUUCAUCAGUUAAACGAAAACGGUUAAAUUGA